ACUGGAUGGGAAAUUAAUGUGCUUCAUUGUAGUAGCUUCUUGAUAUGUCCUCGUCGAAUUUGCAGAACUUUUCUUGCUUCGGGAGAGCUUGAUCUCAAAAGUAGCAGUGUUGGCCAAACCAGUGGAAUGAUAAUACCGUUGGAUGUGAGGUAUGGAAUUUGGGAUAACCGAGGGAGCAGCAGAUGCAAUGUCUGCUUCUUUACUAAGAUUGUAUUGGUCAAUUGCUACUGA